AUGGCACUCGACCGCUCAGAGGAUGUCGCUGUGGCACCAGUGGCGAUGGACAAGCCAGAACCUCAAAUAACAACUGCAACGAUUGACUGGGAGUCACUUCAUCUCUACCAGCCUGAGGAACCUGACAAACCCAAGAAGUAUAGGACGUAUGGUCCAGACGAGGCAGUGCCAGAAGAAGAAAAGGUUUAUCAGUUGCGCAGGAGACGGGCAAAGAAGGCUGGCCACUUCCGCAUUAACAAGCAAAUAUUACAGUCUGAAACACUCGAAGAAUUGCUGGACGUCAUCGCCGAAGCACUCAAUUGGUUCAAUAUCGUCAACAUCGGCACCGCACUCUACAAACUCGCGUCUCUCGCUUUGGCUGACCAGAGCCAAGCUGCGAAGAGCAAGGCAUUCCUUCGAAAGGAUAAUCGAUACAUCGGCUUCCUCGAUGAGAUAGCGAAUGUUCUCUCUUAUGUAGACGAGCCUGCUGGUAUUGAGUCCGGCAAUGGUAGCGGGAAGCUUGUCCGGGAUGUCAAGUCAGCGUGCUUCUCUCCGAAGGAGUUGGCAAAUAUCGUAUGGGCUGUCACUCACAUCGGCCUCCCACAUAGGCGUUUAUAUGAGUUGGUAGCUCGACAUAUAAUAUGGUACAUCGACCAUUUCGAUUCUGUCAAUCUCUCCCUUGCCUUGUGGGGAUUUGCUAAAAUGGAUGUCUGCUGUCCGGAACUCUUCCGUGCAGCUGCAUCGGUCAUCAUUGAUAUGAUAGACGCCUUCGAGCCUCACCGGCUCUGCAACACAGCAUGGGCAUUUUCGAAGACACUGAACGCGCAAGAUAACCAGGAGUUGUUCAGAGCUAUAGCAUCGAGCAGCAUACAGAAGAUAGACAAGUUCAAUCUGUCCAACGAGUCCAUGCUUGUUUAUUCCUUCGCGCUUGCUCACUACAAAGAGCCCCUCGAGCUCUUCAGAAUGAUAAUGAAGCGGCAGAUAAGGUCUAUCAAAAGGGGCGAGGUGAAUGACCCGAGAUCGUUCGCCAACAUGGCAUGGGGAGUUGCUGAGCUCGGCUUUGGCCCUGACUACCCAGACCUAUACGUUUCCAUCGCUGACUAUCUCGCUAGACGACCAAAAAUCCUCAACGAAUUUGGUAUCAAUCAAUUGGCAACACUCUGCCUGGCCCUUAUGAUGGUGGAGUCGAAUGCUCCUCAAGUAGAGCGGAAAAUAGCUCAGGGAUAA